UUGUACAUCUGUACAGGUGCACGUCACAAUUAUAACACAGCACAGAUUCAGUCUUUCUCAUGAUGCCUGUGUAUCUGAAUAGACAAGCUGCACUUUAGUCUACUUGAAUUUAAAGCGUAUAUAUUUCGUGCUAUGGAGAAGAAACGUCCUGGAGUUGGUCGUUGUAAAUGUGCAUUUUGGUUUGCAGUUUUUCAUGACAUCUUUGGACUCUUCAUCCUCCUGACGGGGGUGUUUUGGCAGGUCUUCUUCCAUGACUUUUUAAUAUACGCUGGAGCAGUGAUCAUUUUUCUCAGUCUCAUCUGGUGGAUCUUUUGGUACACCGGUAAUAUUGAAGUGCCCCCCGAGGAACUGGAAGACGACAUCGCACAGUACAGGCGCACCAAAGGGAUUUCAGGUGUUAUGCGUAAAGUCUCCAGCAGUCUUUCCAACGGACUGAGAAGUUCCUUCAGGAGGAACGGAAGAACCAAUAUGCGUGAUUCUCAGGCAAGCCGAACUUCCAGAGCAGACCAACCAAUUUCGAUUGUCAUGGGCGCUUAUCUGAAUACACAACCAUCUGAGAUGACCAAUCAUCUGAACAGAGAUCCUUUAGUGAUAUAAAGGUGACAUAUUUUUAAUGCAGGUGAAAUAGAUAAUCUAUUUUAUUAUGCAUGUGAUCCUUUAUUGAUCAUACAAUGUGUGGCCUUGUUAAUCAUUCAUAGUAUUCUAGUUAUUACAAGGCCUCCAAUUGCCCAGGACAGAGAAUCAAAUGUGACUUAUCUUUUUUUACACGCACAGCAAACUUUGCUCGAUGUUCAAUGGUGGGCUGUGAUUUGACUUGUUGUAAUAGUCACCUCUAUUUCCACAGUGCUCUUCAGGAUAGACCCCUGAAAACUACAUGAAAACUGCCUUGGAAGGAUUUGCGUUAUAAAUGUGUUAUAAUGCAGAUAAAUGCGUUAUAGAUUUGUAACAUUUAUACUUGUGUGUUUAUGUAUAGCCUACAAAUGAUUUUGUUUUAUUUGCUGCACACUUAAAAAUUAAGGUGCUUAUUCACAGAAAUGGCAGAUAAGAAUAAUUUUCAGUUCCUCAAAGAAUCCUUUAGUCAAAGGUUCCUAUUUCUUUCAUGCCUUUUUAUAAUCUAAAGAACCUUUUUCACUACAAGAUUCUUUUUGGAACCAUUCAGCCAAAAAUGUCUUUUCUAUGGCAUCGUGAAGCACCUUUAUUUAUAAGAGUGUGGUUGUGUGUUGUCCCAUUACAAGUAAGCUGUGUUUAUGCCUUUGUUUAUAGUAUAACUAAGGAAAAUAUUGCAUUGUGUAGAGAGACUUGUUGCAAGCAGUUUAAAGCAAGAAACAUA